GAAGACUUUGAGAGUAGAUAUUCUCGAGUAUUGUCUGAGUCAACUUCUAAUGUGGGUGCUUCACAAUGCACUCCCCUAGACCCUGUUGAAGAGGAAAGGCUAAGGAAUAGAUGUUGGUUAGAGGCUGCAGGAGGAAGGUAUAAGGGACGCGUGUAUGGAGUUGGUCAUGUUGACUCUAGUGAUGAUUGUGUUGAAAGUUAUCUACAACAAACAGAAGCGUGGUCCAGUUAG